AUGAUAAAAGAAAUUAUAACUACUCAUCUAAUAAGUUUACAAACAAACUUUAAUGCACGGUUUGAAGAUUUCCCAGAAGAAAGUCUAGGUUUGAUAAGAAAUCCAUUUCAUUUCAAUAUCAAUGAAAUAAAAUUAGAAAAUUUAAAAAUAAGCGAAGAACUUAUUGACUUGUCAUCAGAUGAAAAUCUACGUAUCAGAUUUCAAGAAAAUGCAUGUGAUACAUUUUGGAUUUCCAUCAAAUCUGAAUAUCCAGAAUUAUCAAAACAAGCCAUAUCAAUUUUACUUCCUUUUGCAUCAACUUAUUUAUGCGAAACAGCAUUUUCAACACUAACGAUAAUUAAAAACAAAUAUCGCUCCAGAUUAAAUGUUGAAGCUGACUUAAGAGUGGCAGUGUCAAAUAUCAAACCAAACAUAGAAUCAAUCAUGUCUACAAUGCAAGCUCAGGUCUCUCAUUAA